ACGCUAUUUGAAGACGGACCACGCGUCCCUGUGAAGACGCUACUCUUUGUGAAGACGCUAUUCCUGGUGAAGAUGGUGAAGACGCUAUUCCGUGUGAAGACGCUGUUCCGGGUGAAGACGCUAGUCCUGGUGAAGACGGUGAAAACGCUAUUCCGGUUGAAGACGCUAUUCUUGGUGAAGACGCUAGUCCCGGUGAAGAAGCGUUCUGCGGACACAGACAGCACUUCCCCUAUGAAGACGCUAUGCCCUGUGAAGGCGCUAGUCCCGGUGAAGAUGCUAUUCGGUGUGAUGACGCUAUUCCGGGUGAAGACGCUAUUCCUUGUGAAGACGCUAUUCCAA